AUGACCUUGAGCAGGCACGUGAAGGCGAAGAGGCGACGAGCGGAAGAGCAUGAAAGACAAGAAAGGCAAAGACAAGAGGCCAGAAAACGUGAGCAGAAGGCCAGCGAAUCCAAGGAGUCCGUGCCUUGGAAGACCGAAGAGCUCGGUUUGCUAGCAAAAGGCCUUCAGAAGUUUCCUGGUGGCAUGGGUGGACGUUGGGCUCUCAUCACGAAGUUCCUGAAUGACAGCGGAUAUGAAAGAACGGAGAAGGAGGUGGUUGAGAAGACCAAGGAGCUCUCAGAAGGACAGUCGCUGAGAUCCAUGGGCUCCAAGAUCGCGCAAGAGGGUCCCAGCUUCCAGGCCGCGCCUAAGCCAAAGGCCAAGGCUGCAGCUGCGGAACCUCAAGAGGUAGUGGGAUCCGAAAAUGGGAACGCUGAGAAGAAGGAUGCAGAGUGGAGUCCCGAGCAGCAGCAAGCGCUGGAAAAGGCUCUACAGAGGCAUCCGGCCAGUCUUGAUAAGAACGAAAGAUGGAAGCUCAUUGCUGCCGAUGCUCCUGUCUCAGCACGAGAAGUCUUCGAGUUGCAGCAUGGUGGGCCCCGGAGAUACAGGUUUCAAGCACCCGGAGAGCAAGUUGAGAUUGUGAAGUCGGAGAGUCAACCUCAAUUGAAUGGGAUGCAAGGCUACGUGGACUUCAGCAAUGCAGAUGAGCUGGGCUUUCUUAAGGUGCGCAUGCCUAAGUGGGCACGCACUACGAGAGCUGGCAGCUACCGAGCGAACCUUGGAGAGGCUUCAGGAAAAGAAGGCUUCAGGUAUUUGAAGGUGCGUCCUCAAAACUUGCGGCCCUUGCGACAUCCUUCAGAUGAAAGACCGAGAGGAGGAGUCUUAAAGGAGUUCUUUGAGGUGCCAGACGACUUGGCAUCUGUAAAAUCUUGCACAAACACAGUGGCUUCAUGCUCUACAAGAUCAUCGCCUGAGCAUCUAGAACGGAGGCAACGAGUUCCAUCUCUGCCGGCAUUGUCUGAGUGA